AGGCACGGACCAAUGAGGAUUGCGCGUCUUGGCACGGCGCACAGGCGCACUGGGGGGGGGGGCGGCCGCGGAUUCAUGUGGAGGAGGGCUCUGGAGCGGGGCCUGGAGCGCUGAGAUGGCUGCCAAGGUGUUCGAGAGCAUCGGGAAGCUCGGCCUGGGCUUGGCUGUGGCGGGGGGAGUCGUCAACUCCGCUCUUUACAAUGUGGAUGCAGGGCACAGAGCUGUGAUCUUCGACCGCUUCCGAGGGGUGCAGGACGUGGUGGUGGGCGAGGGCACCCAUUUCCUGAUCCCCUGGGUGCAGAAACCCAUCAUCUUCGACUGCCGCUCGCGGCCCCGCAACGUCCCCGUCAUCACCGGCAGCAAAGACCUGCAGAACGUGAACAUCACGCUGCGGAUCCUGUUCCGGCCCGUGACGGCGCAGCUGCCGCGCAUCUUCACCAGCAUCGGCGAGGACUACGACGAGCGGGUGCUGCCCUCCAUCACCACCGAGAUCCUCAAGUCCGUGGUGGCCCGCUUUGACGCCGGCGAGCUGAUCACGCAGCGGGAGCUGGUGUCCCGGCAGGUCAGCGAGGACCUCACCGAGCGCGCGGCCACCUUCGGCCUCAUCCUGGACGACGUGUCCCUGACACACCUGACCUUUGGCAAGGAGUUCACGGAGGCGGUGGAGAUGAAGCAGGUGGCACAGCAGGAGGCAGAGCGGGCCAGGUUCAUCGUGGAGAAGGCCGAGCAGCAGAAGAAGGCAGCUGUGAUCUCUGCAGAGGGCGACUCCAAGGCUGCAGAGCUGAUUGCCAACUCUCUGGCCACGGCGGGGGACGGGCUGAUCGAGCUGCGCAAGCUGGAGGCGGCCGAGGACAUCGCCUACCAGCUCUCGCGCUCGCGCAACAUCACCUACCUGCCCUCGGGCCAGUCCGUGCUGCUGCAGCUGCCCCAGUGAGCCCCUGCCCUGCCCAGGCUGGGGGGAAACACCAAAAAAAAAAAAAAAAAAAAUAGGGGGGAAAAAGGAAAAAAAAAAUCAUUGGAAUUUCCUCGCGGAGGAAACGGAAAUUUGGAGAGUGGAGGGAUUUUUUUCUUUCUUGGAUGGGGAAUCAAAUAAAAGUGAAUGGUGGCGACACCAGGACUGAG